UUUGGAAGGAGAAAAAAAAAAACAAAGUUCAGAAUUGGUUAGCCACUCGCUCAAAUAAAAUCCCAGUCCCUGAAACGAGACCAACACACAGCCAGCCGUGGACUCUCUCUCUCUCUCUCUCUCUCAUCAAAUCAAAAGAUGAGGCCACAGAUUUACCUUUUUGGUGACUCAAUCACCGAGGAGUCUUUCGGUGAUGGUGGCUGGGGUGCCUCUCUUGCCCAUCAUUUCUCUCGCACGGUUGACGUGGUGCUAAGAGGGUACAGUGGCUACAACACGAGGUGGGCUCUGCAAGUUUUGGAGAGGGUCUUUCCGAGCAGUGAAAACAGAGAAGAUGCUCCACUAGCUGUCACCGUCUUCUUUGGCGCUAAUGACGCUUGCCUCCCCGAUAGGUGCUCUGCUUUUCAACACGUGCCUGUCAACGAGUACAAGCAAAAUCUCCACUCCAUUGUCUCCUUUCUCAAGAAGCGAUGGCCUACGACUCGCAUUCUCCUUAUCACCCCUCCUCCAAUCGAUGAAGAUGGGCGCCUUCGACAUCCCUAUAUUGAUAAUCCAUCCAAUCUGCCUGAGAGGACAAAUAAAGCUGCUGGUGCUUAUUCAGAGGCAUGUGUUGCUGUAGCUCGAGAAAGUGGGAACCCAGUAAUAGAUCUCUGGACUAAAAUGCAGCAGUUUCCUGACUGGGAAAAAGCUCAUCUAAGGGAUGGCUUGCACCUUACUCCGCAGGGGAACAUGGUUGUGAUUGAGGAGGUGGUUCUGAAGCUGAAGAACGAAGGCUUGAGUCUAGAAUCUUUGCCAGUUGAUCUCCCACUUAUAAAUAACAUAGACCCUAAAGACCCUCUUAAGGCUUUUCAAAAUUGAAAAAGAAUAAAGUUGUGUAUCAUGGCUAGGGUAUUCUCUUUUGAGGGUUAUUUUGCUACCAUAUAGGUUUAAAGAUUGUUAUAAACAAACUGAUUAGGGACCGUAAGAUGUUGAUUUUCGGUUCAUUUUGGCGCUGGUUGUUCCACAUCUGGUUCUUUUGGUGUAAAAAACUCUAUUGUCUAAUUAAUAUCUAUCUCUCUUUCAGUUC